UAUUGUUCUUUUCUUGCUGAUUAUAUUUAUUUCGUUUUUUCUUGCUUCGUAUAUAAGUAUCGAUGAGUUUCAACAUAUGCAUCAAAUUGCUUUAAACUUGGACUGGGUACUGAAUUGGCCUUCUUCCAUUGAUUUUUUUUGUUUGUGUUUGAAAUCCAUUGUUGUUCCCACUUAAUGUCGCCCAAUUUAUACAAAUAUCUGUUAUACUUUUAUUGAAAUGCAAGAAUGGGAGGUUUUUAUCUUCAUUUUGGAGGGUUUAAUUGAGCAUUUUUUAGUAGAAUUCUCAAACUUCGGGCAUUUAAAAAGAAUCCAUAGUGCGGACUGCAACUUGAUUUUGAGAUUUAUUUUCACUUGAUAGCACUUAAUUCGGAGUAUUUGCUGCAGGGAGUUUGUGGAUGGAUACUUUAGAUUUUUGUUAUGCAUUUGUGCUGGGUCAAUAUGGAUUUUUUUCUUUCCUUAUCUCUUUUUCUCUUUAUAUACUGUCCAUUCUUGCUUUCAUGAGUUUCUCUAUUUCUUGUGAUGAGUUAUUUAUUUUUAUGCCCUUUGUAAUUUUAUGUUCAUGGAUUGUUUUUUUCGUUGGAUGACGCUAAUCUUUUCUGAUAAAAAAAAUAGCUAUAGCUCGUUUUUUCUUUUGUUGUGACUUGUAGUGUUUUCUCUGUUCCUAAAUUUGUGAAAUUACAUACUAUAUUCUUUAAGCCAUUAUGCGGUUUUAUCAAAUUUUUUGAAGAAAAUUCUUCAAGAACCGAUAUAGCUCAAAAUCUGGUAAAGUAAAUUGUGCAUGGGAUUUAGAAGUUGAAAUUGAGAUGUGUACCUACCUACGAGUUUAAUGGUUAUUUUUAUGACAUUCGUUUCUUCAAAAGAAAUUGGAUUUGUCAUUACAAUAGAUGGUUUAAUUAUUGUAUGCCCGGUAUUCCUUUUAUACCAUUACUUGUGUCUUCUCAUUAUGCUCUCUUCUAGUUUCUUUGCCUAAGUAUGCUUGUACCUAACUCCGCCUUGAUUGGCCCCAUGCUGGUCGUGCUGGUCCCAAGCCUUGGUAAAAGAGGAGGGUUGUGUUAGCAUAAAGUUAGCCUUUCUGAAAUGUGCCGAUUUGGUGGUAUGGCCUCGUCUUCCUUUUUGGGAUCUUAGGAGGGAGAGAAACCAAGUCUCUUUGGUGGUUUUAAUGGAGGGAUUGAAGAUUUCGAAGGUGGAUUUGACUACUUAUUUGCCCCCUUCUUCAUCUAAUGUACAAAAAGGGCUUUUGCACCAGCUGAGCUCCAUAUUGUUAAGGUUUAAUGAAAAAUUUGAUGGAGUAGUAUUGUCCUUUCAUGACUUGAAAAUAAAGGAUAAAAAGGCCGUGGUUCUUUCAGGGCUGUCUCCAUAUUUUGGUGUGAAAUUGAAAGCAAAACUGUUACUUUUCUCCCCAAAGCCAGGAAUGCUUCUAGAAGGAACGGUAAAUAAGCUUGGAAAAGACUACAUUGGUGUCAUUGUCCUUGGGAUUUUCAAUGCAGCCAUUGCCAUCACAGACAUUCGUGAAGAAUUCCAUUAUGAAAAAGAUGAAGAUGGUGAGCCAAUUUGGGUCAGUACAGAUCAUGGGGACCAUGUUAUUAGAACUGGAACAGUGUUACGUUUCUUGGUUGAGAGUGUGACCGAGGAUAUAUUCAUAGAAAUUUCUGGGUCCCUGAAGCCAUCUAAGACAGGAUGUGUUCGUUGGUUAUCUUCUCAUGAAGUAGAAAGUGCCUCGAUUCCACGAAGUGUUUCAGGAGUCACAAGAAACAUAAGUCUAAUGAGAGAAAGCCCAAAGAUCAUGAUUCCAUGCAAGAGGAUACAAGAGAAGAUUCAAACUCCCAUAAAAUGGGAAAAGCAAAGAGAAAACGGUUGUCUGAAAAUGUUGAAAGUUGAAAGUUGAAAGUUGAAAGUUUUGGGAUUCCACCAAAGUUGUAAGUUUCUCCUGCAUCAAGUGCGAGUAACCUUUAAUUUAAAAUUGGUUUUGUACCAUAUUUGUCGUAGGAUGAUUUUUUUUCCAUAGCAUUACUUUUAAAGAGAGUAUAAAUUCAUACACUGAUGAAUGUCUUCACAAAUUAUUUGACUUAGUUGAGAGGCUUGAAA